AUGGCAUUCAUUAGUGCUACUGGACUUGCUCCUGUUAUCGACUGGCUGGACAAUCUUAUCAAUCAAAGUACCCAACCUGAAAAUGGGGCCAAUCAAGCAAGUGAGGCUAAGCCGUUUUCUUCAAUAUCUCAUGAUGCCAUUGUUCGGUUUAAAACUUAUUUGCGCAAAUGCUUCUAUAUGAAGGAUUUGGGUGUGCUUAAGUAUAUCUUAGACAUUGAGGUUGCUCGUAACCCGGAGAAGACUGAGAAACAACCUACCAAACCUCGUUCUUUGGUCAAAGCCGAAUACCGUUUAAAAGCAGUUGCUACUUGUGAGUUGAAAUGGUUGAAGACGUUGUUAUUUUCUCUUGGAGUUGGUCAUUCGAAGUCUAUGCAGUUGUUUUGUGAUAGUCAGUCGGCCCUGCAUAUUGCUAAGAAUCUGGUGUUUCAUCAUGAUCGUACGAAACCUAUUGAGGCUAAGCCAUUUUCUCUAAUAUCUCAUGAUGCCAUUGUUCAGUUUAAAACUUAUUUGUGCAAAUGCCUCUAUAUGAAGGAUUUGGGUGUGCUUAAGUAUAUCUUAGGCAUUGAGGUUGCUCGUAGCCCGGAGGGUAUCUUUCUUUCUCAACGGAAGUACGCUUUGGAUAUAUUGACUGAGGCAGGUAUGUUGGUUUGCAAACCCAUUGAUACUCCAAUGGAGCAGAAUCAUCGUCUUGCACAUGCUUCGGGUGAGCCGUUUGCUCAUCCGGAUCAGUAUUGUCGGUUGGUUGGACGAUUGGUAUAUUUGUCAGUCACUGGACCAGAGUUAAGUUAUUCGGUGCAUGUUCGGGCUCAAUUUUUGAGUGAUCCGCAGGCUUCUCAUUAG